ACAAUACAUCAUUUCUCCUCUUUAUCCAGUUCAAUAUUUGAAAUUGCACUUCUAAAAAUCAAAUUUCGUGACUUGUAACUCACUCCGAUCCUCCGCCGUCUAAAUCGCCGGCAAUUUUGCCGGCCGGCGCCCCCGCUCGUACACACAACAACAUACAAAAAACGUGUGAUGUCAAUGGGCGGCGACACAACUUGGGUGGGGAAGAAGCCUCUGAGGAGAGUGGGGGGAAUGUCCGACGCCUUGUCCAUCGCCGCCGAUCUCGGUUUCACCGUCGCGCCGCCGCCUUCUCAGGAGGAAAUUCAGAAUUUAUCUGGUGCAAAAGGAGAUGAUUUGAUAAGGAUAUUGAGAGAAUUGACCGCUGUACAGAGAAAAAUCGCGGAUCUGCAAGUUGAACUUCAAGGCAGAAAGGAAGACAAGAAUGUGGCUCAUUUGACGCAUGUGAGUGAAAUGGAGAAGAAAAUUGAGACUUUAGCUCGAAUCACGUCUAUUUUGAAAGAUGUUAUUCAAAACAAGGACCGGAUUAUAGCCCGCCUUCAGCAGCCUUACUCAUUGGAUUGCAUACCCGUGGAAGCUGAGUUUCAGAAACAAUUUUCAGAAUUGCUAAUGAAGGCAGCGAGUGAUUAUGGGGCUUUAACAGCUUCCGUUGCUGAUUUUCAGUGGAGCCAAAAUUUUAAAGAACCACCUACAGUAUGGGGGGAGAUGCUCCGUCCAAUUCCUGUUGCUUUGGCAUCUUGCACCCGAUUCUUUGAAGCGAUGACUGCAAUGAGGGAGUCCUUUGCGAAACUGCAGACCCUGAGAGUCGGUCAUUCCUCUCAGAGAGUGAUGGGAGAAUCAGACUGUGUGACGCCUCCACCGUGGAGAAAUGAAUCAAGUUUUGAUGACUUGGCCGUUGGAAGCCUGAGAAGGCCGGGCAGCGAACGACAGGAAGGGGAUGACGCAAGCAGAGAGGCCAGCGAUUUGAAUUAUGUCGAUGCAACCUCUAACCGAAGAUUGUGAUGGCCUCCUCCUGCUAAAAACAGCUCGUGAUUAAGAUAUGGUGAUUGUACAAUACUGCUAACAAUCUGUAUGUUUUUACCCUGUUGCUGUGUGAUUUUCUUGUAUAGAGGAUAACUUUAUGUGACAUUGAAUCUCCGUGUUCUUUUUUAUUCAUUUUAAAAGUAUGUAUUACGAUA